ACAACAUACAUGUUACUUUCAUACCAUAAUAGUUCGUUUGUUUAUAUUUAGCCGUGAUUCCUAUCUUGUUCUCGAUGAUUAUCUACUUCUUGCGCAACUGUACAUACUUGCGUGACAGGUUUAGCGAUCGGAUUUCAUUGUGUAAGGGACGUAGUUCUUUGAGAGGUUUAUUGUUGCAACGCUACUUGUUCACUAAACGCUACUUUCCUUUUCACCGCCACAUAUCAGCUACCUAUUACCGCUAGGAGCCAGACUAAAUUCUCAUGUGUGGAAGCGAGGCUUCUCUGUCCAGCUCAUACGUUGGCGACUGUAGAUAUCUGGAGCUGUUUUGUGACAUGCGCAAAUGCAUCACGCUUUUUAUUAAAGCGCUGCAAAACGAUCCUGAGGGAGAUUGUGGGGUCAAGGUGAACCAAACAAUCAGCUGUGUGAGAAGGGCGUACAUGAUCUGCCUUGGAACCCAUCAUGCAAAUCACUUUGAGGAUGUUCGAAUACAAUUCACAGAAUAUUCCAUGUGCCAUGAAGGGUCAUUAGGAUUACCCACCCCACACUCGUUGGAAGUUUUGGUCUCUCAUUGCUCCGAAUCGUUCAACUCUAAUUUAAAUACUUGUACAAAGUCCUUUCAAGAGACUUUUUCCAGAGACAAGGCUGACCCAGAUCUUUGCGAGGAACAUGCUAACGCCACUGAGUGUCUGAGAAAGCUCUAUGCUUCGACAUGUACCGGGUUAGUAGCAAUUUACCAAGAAUUAUUUAAUUUGACUUUCAUCGAAAACAAUUAUAACCCCUACUGCGUCGACAACCGUGACCCUGGAGCUUCCAAGAUUGCGGAUCAGUGCACUGGAGUGCGUGACCUAGACAACCCCUCGACAAAGUUUUUGAAGAACAACUCGACAGAAAACAUCAGAAACAACUCCAAGAACGUACACAAUAUCACCGGCAAUGCUAUCAAUACUCCCUCAGAUGACACUCUUAAAGAAUCCGCGAGUAAAUCACCGAAGCAUACGAACGCAGCCACCGACACUCGAAUCAAUACAUUUCAGGUGAUCCUAUUUACUUAUGUGGUUCUGCUGUUGUCUUUUGAGUUUUAAGUAUACUUGUUGACACAUUCGGAAGAACAUGCAGGCCCACUCCCCACAAACAGAGUUUGAUGGUUGAUUGUGGUUUUCCGAAGGAUUAGACAAAAUUAUAUUCGUAACACUUUCCAACGGAAGUAAGAGGUAAGAUUGCCGGAAGUCGUGACGCGUAAGGUAGCGAAAGGGAGGAUACUAAUGUUGUCCUUACUCUAGCAGAACAUAUCACGUUUGUUACACGUGAUCUUUGUGUCCCACCUGGCUCACCAAUGAAUUCUCUGGGCCGGGCUCAAUUAGCAGAGCAGCCAAACGAGGAAUUGGAAGAUCUGUUGAUCGAAUCUUAACAGAGGACCAACAACUUUCUUUUCUGCACGCUCAUGACAAAUCAGCUUCUUUUCUCACGCUUCGAUUAGUUGUUCUUCGACAAGUUUUAUCCAUCAACUAACUCGUACACUCACUAACUUAUUUAUAGGACAAUGCUAACUUACAUUCGCUUAUAAUUAACGACUAUAUUAUCUUCUCGAUGUAACAUCACGAGAGAACUGGCGCCGAGUAGUGAAGGAAAUACAGAGAGGGGAAUGGACGCAACUGCCUCUCCCUACUCAUGAGGCGCUGUGUGCUUCGCAGUUACUUCACUUGUGAUUAGACAAGUUUUUUCAAGUCAACUUAAUGCAAGGCUUUAUAUAGGGGGCCGUGACUUACGCAACGAUGUAUAUAAUGUAAAUUAGACUGAGCAGCUUUGAAGAAAGCUUAUGAACUAUUUCCUCAUUCGGCAAAAAAGUCUCCAUGUUUUCGGAAUCGGUACUCACAACUCACAGUUUGUAGAACUUACUUAUAGCUUAAAGCCAUUCAAAUUAAUUAGCUGACGCCUUUAUAAAGAGUGCUUGUAAUUAAAACCCUACCGAUUUACGAUUCUUAGAAGAAAAUAAACACAUCUUGUCGCGCAACUGCGCAUCUUUCUCAGCUCAAUUUUCAUUCUCACAGGUUCUUGGGAAUGAGCGAGCUUAAGUGAAAUAUUAGAAUCUAGAAAUCGUGCCUUUUUUAUAUAAAUAAGUAGGGGUGCUAAUUUAGCCUUGGAUGGUGGAGGGUUAAGACAGACACAUCAAACGCAAGCGCAAUGAAGCUAUGGCUCAUCAGUGUGUCCCACGCGGACAGAAGGAGUUUUAUGUGGCACAGGAUUAGGGUUGGCCACUAUGGCUACCGACAGAAGAAUAUUUUACAUUGCUAGAUGUUUUAUCAAAUUUCGUUUAAGGCCUUAAAACGUAUUAGUUUAUACAGAGCCUCGUAUACAGCUUCAAAUUGUUUAGCUUUUUUAAUUCCAUUGUUGAUUUUGUGAAUUUUCACGUAAGAGACUUUCUUUGAGAUGUAUACUCAGUUCUUACUCGUCCGACAAACUUUUAUAGGAAUGAAUUAAACUUGUCAGGGUGGAGGCAGUGGAGGGGAAUAUUGGUUCUCUUAUCCUCCACUACUCUCACGCAUUUGCAUAAGCUCAAAUUAAGGACACUCAGAGUACGAAAGAGUGCGAGCAGUUCAUUCCUUUCGGCGAAGUCCAUCGCGCGUGUAUAAAAACAUCUGUGAAAAAAAAAUUGAUCCGCGCGGAAUGCUAACAUCAUUAUUUUUUAACUGAUUUUUCUUUGACUCUCGCGACGCACUUUGCCGAAGAGUAAGGACUGG